AUGAAGCAGUUAAUUUCCACCAUGCUCCCACAGUGUUCACAAGAGCUCUUAAAGAUUGCAAAUCCCUGGCGUCUGAUACUAAGUGAGUGUUUGAGAAAGCACAGAGGAACUUUCAGCACCAAGUCCCUGCCUGCGUGCCGCAGGAGAGUAGUAGUCACAGGUAUUGGCCUCGUGUCCCCUCUGGGUGUGGGGACUCGGUUUGUGUGGAACCGCCUUCUCCAAGGAGAGAGCGGGAUCGUGUUGCUCGACGGGGACGAAUACGCAGGCAUUCCGUGUCAAGUGGCCGCCUCCGUGCCCAGGGGGAAAGAGGAGGGCCAGUUCGACGAGGAAAGCUUCGUCUCGCGAUCGGAGCUCAAGUCCAUGAGCCCUGCCACCGUGAUGGCCGUGGGCGCAGCCGAGCUCGCCGUCAGCGACGCCGCCUGGGCUCCGCGCUCCGAGCAGGAGCGCCUGGCUGCCGGCGUGGCCAUCGGAAUGGGAAUGGUUCCGCUGGAAGAGAUUUCCCAUACUGCCGCCUUGUUUAAAACAAAGGGUUAUAACAAGGUCAGCCCCUUCUUUGUGCCCAAGAUUUUGGUUAAUAUGGCGGCGGGGCACGUCAGCAUUAAGUACCAGCUGAAGGGGCCCAACCACGCCGUGUCUACUGCCUGCACCACGGGCGCACACGCGGUGGGAGACUCCUUCAGAUUUAUUGCCUCCGGUGACGCUGACGUGAUGCUGGCGGGAGGGACCGAGGCUUCCAUUAGCCCCUUGUCCCUUGCUGGCUUUGCAAGAGCUCGGGCCCUCAGCACGAGCUUCAACUCAAGCCCUAAAAUGGCCAGUCGGCCGUUCGACUCCCAGAGGGAAGGGUUUGUGAUGGGAGAGGGUGCAGCGGUGCUGGUGCUGGAGGAGCAUGAACACGCUGUGCAAAGAGGUGCCAGGAUCUACGCAGAAGUUUUAGGUUAUGGACUCUCUGGUGAUGCUUGCCACAUUACAGCACCUAAUCCAGAGGGAGAUGGGGCUUUCAGAUGUAUGUCUGCAGCAAUAAAAGAUUCUGGAAUCAAACCUGAAGAUAUAACCUAUGUCAAUGCACAUGCAACUUCUACACCUCUAGGAGAUGCUGCUGAAAAUCAGGCAAUCAAGAGACUUUUUAAAGACCAUGCACGUAAUGUUGCAGUUUCCUCCACGAAAGGAGCAACGGGGCAUCUCUUGGGGGCUGCAGGAGCUAUUGAAGCUGCUUUCACGGCGCUGUCCUGUUACCAUGGAAUUCUGCCACCUACUCUGAACUUGCAUAAAACUGAGGCAGAAUUUGAUCUCAAUUAUGUUCCACUAACAGCUCAGGAGUGGAAAACUGAAAAACGGCGCAUUGCACUCACAAAUUCAUUUGGCUUUGGUGGCACUAAUGCAACUUUGUGCUUUGCAAGUGUUUAACUUGCACCAUGUAUGAGAACAGUGAAUUUUUAU